AUUUUUUACCGGCUCCAGCCUGAUAAACAGCACUGCCAGAGAGUCAAGGUGUGCGUGAGAGAGAGUUAGAGAGGAAGAGGAGGAGGUGGAGUGAAAGGAGGUGCCUGAGCCUGGGGAGGCGGAAUAUGCAGAGUCUGAAGCAGCUCUCACAACGCGGGGACAGACAGGAGCUAAUAUAAACGUGCUGCCCUUCACUCGGGGCUAUCAGGGGCUACGAAAACAGGCUACUUCUGUCACUGACCUCCGGAGCUUCAAAGAGAGGACGCGAGGAGCUCCGGCCAAUGCAGAGCUCUCAUGGCCGCGCUGGAGGGCUGCCGCUGUAGGGGAGCCAGCGGUCGGAACAACAACAGCAUCCUCUACAGCAUUUUGAAGAGUGACAGUCUUGCUACCGCCGAGGAGCGACAGCAUCAACACCAACCCCAACAACAAACAUUGCAACACUUGCUCCAGAAGAGCUCCUCAACCGCUGGCCCUGCCUCGCUGCAGGAGCUCCGGCAACAGGCGUGCUCCUGCGGAUCCACCCGGCGCCGAGGCGUCCUCCGCUCCCCGCAGGUCACCUGCAAAGCCGCCUCGGCUGUUCUCGUGAAGACGCUGCGUUUCGUGAAAAACGUCCCCUGCUUUCGUGAGCUGCCGGAGGACGACCAGCUGAUGCUGAUCCGGAGCGGCUGGGCGCCUCUGCUGGUGCUGGGGCUGGCGCAGGACCGGGUGGACUUUGAGACGUCCGAGACAGUAGAGCCCAGCAUGCUGCAGCGCAUCCUCACCGGGGUGCCGGACCGGCAGAGCGAGGUGCUGGCCGGACAGAACAGGGGGGCGGUCGGGGUAUCUGUGGUUGAUAUCGAAGCCAUUAAAGCCUUCCUGAAGAAGUGCUGGAGUGUAGACAUCAGUACCAAGGAGUACGCGUAUCUGAAAGGAGCUGUGUUGUUCAACCCAGAUGUGGAAGGUCUGCGCUGCCUGCACUACAUUCAGUCUCUGCGUCGCGAGGCACACCAGGCUCUGAACGAGCACGUGAGGCUGAUUCACCGCGAGGACACGACGCGGUUCGCCAAGCUGCUCAUAGCUCUGUCCAUGCUGAGGGCCAUCAGCCCGGCGGUGGUGGCGCAACUCUUCUUCAGACCCGUCAUUGGCAGCGUCAGCAUCGAGGAGGUGCUGAUGGAGAUGUUCUACGGGAAGUAGGUGGACUGAUUUCAGCUGAUUCUGCUGUCAGAUGGACUGAAUGACUUCAAAGCUCUUUCUUUGGAGGUGAAGGAAGCAGAUGAAGAGGAUAAAAGAGACUGAAUUUCCGUGUGUGUGUGUGUGUGUGUGUGUGUGUGUGUGUGUGUGUGUGUGUGUGUGUGUGUGUGUGUGUGUGUGUGCAUGAGAGAAAGAAAGAAAGUGUGGCAAGAUGUGUUAAUGAGGAAAAUACAAAGCAGCU